AUGGAGAACUCAGUGCAACACGGAGAAGACCUCCUUGCAGCUCGCAGGCAUGGGUGUCUGGACACCAUCCGUGUAUCCACAAGGAGACACAGCCCUUGUCUCCUCCGUGCAGCAUGGAAAGAAGGGUGGUUCAUGCGGAAGUUGGAUAACAAGAAGAGCAGUUGUAGAAUAGUCCUAUCGAGUCAACAGUUCAGAAUUCCAAACAAACAUGGAGAACUCCGUGCAACACGGAGAAGUCCCCCGUGCAGCUCCGCGUCUCCUCCGUGCAGGACGGAGAAAACCUCCGUGCAGCACCAUGCUGCACCUGUUGAAAGGGCAUCAACAGCUGGAAACUCCGGAUGGUUUAGGGGGACGGUGAAAGUUGUUCCAUUUGGUGACAGCUUGGUGAUUGUGGGAGGCAGCAAGGCAGAGAUUCCCCUGGAGAAAACAAUCACUUUGUCAUCUCUGAUAGCACCUAAAUUGGUACGUUCGCUCUAUAUCUUUGCUCACUUUAAGCUUGAGGUUUGUUUUCCAACUGAUCAUUCAAUUGUGAACUGA